UUUCUGUCGUGCCUCUUGUUUUCCGGCUGGGUUGUUUCUUCCUGUAAAUCUGCCUUAAUCGUCUAUUCUAGAUCUAGUCAAUUCUUUUCUCUUGGGGUGUUUAAGAUCUCGAGUUUUCUUGCUGUGAUACCCUUCAAUUGGAAGUGUAAUUUUUCUAAUUUCUGAUUUUCUGACUUUGGAUCCAAGUCUAUCUCUUUGAUUAUGGAGAUUGGCUUUAGAAAUUUAGUUUAUUUUGAGUGAGAGCUUUGUGUUCAAGUCAACACUUCAGGAGCAACGGCUUGGGUCCUUUGCCAAGUUGUAGGUUUUGGCUGUUUCUUUGGGUGUUUGGAUCUUUGAUCUACUCCCAAUUCUUUUCUUUCUUCAUGUUUUCUUUUGGUUGGGUGUCAAGGGUGUCAUGGAAUCCCCUGCUUCUGGUUCUAGAGUAGGUUUUCUCGCCGGUGGAUUUUUGAGUUUCGAUUGGAAUCCCAAACUCAGACCUUCUCGCUGAAAGCGCUGCACUGUCCAAGGGGGUGGAGGAGAUUUCGGAUCUCAAGAAGUUUCACCCAAAAUAGCAAGCAUAACCGGAUUCUCAGAGCUCCAGAAGAUAGCUAAUUAGUUAUGGGAGAAAAGGCCAUCCUUUUUCAAGCAGUGGUUCCAAUUGGUGAGAGGAGGUCGAUGAUGAAUGCCUGGUUCAAAAUCCAACCCACCACCGGCAAAAUCUCCGGACCUUUCCAUGCCAGCCAACAACCUUUCCGUUUGGGGAUAAGUUCUACCAUUGUCAGUCCCUCGUUGCGUACAAACCUCUUGUCCUUGCAUACAACCCCCUUGUCCUUGUAUACGAUAGGCGGCCGAGUGCCCAACCAUUUUGUGCUCAGCGACUGCAUCAGCUGGGUUAGCUUCUCUAGAUAUUUUGGAUUUGGUAAUUUAAGCAUCUAUGGACAAGGUGUUUUCAAGGAGUGGAAGACCAGUAAAUUACCGUCUCCUUGUGUUGAUUCAGUCCUCGGCGUUUAUGGUAAAUACUUGUGCAUACUUCCCGGUGUGUGGAAAUAUGGUUAUUAUCGCAUAGACGAGGAUGAAUAUCUUACUAAUCAAAAGGGCUACAUCUGGGACACCAGUGAAAAUAAAUGCCUUGAAACCAGAAUAGAUCCUCCAAAAGUUGAGGGUGAAAAAUGGCAGUGGCGUAGGAUUCGUGCUUGUGCUCCUUUGGAUGGAGAAGGGCUUCUAAUUGCUAUGGAUGGAGAGAAGAACAACUUCUUUCUCUAUAACCCAGAGAAUAAUGAUUGGCAGAUUUGCAAUAUGAAGGAUCCACUUCCCAAAUUCAUUGGUGAGACUAGCUUUGCGGCAUCCGGCGGGAAACUGUACAUCUUGGAGGUGCCAGUUAAGUCCCCUGCCUUCUUAUACAUCUACAAUAUUAACGGCGGGGAAAGGAGGCUCGAGAAGGACAAAAUUCCAAUUCUGGAGUUUGUUGACGACUUGUGGUCAAUGGAUAAGUGGGAUAGAGGGGUCCGUCUAGUUCACCUUGCUGAUGACAUGCUUGGCAGGUCUCGCCGGUCUCGCCAGUCUGACAAGCUCUGUUUUCUGUGGCUUGGCCCUGUUUCCUACGAAAAUGAAAACGGGUGGCCUCCUGUUCGGACCCUUCACCAUCUCAAAAUUGAGGUUCCCUUCUGUUCAGAUCAACCGACUAAGGUUGUGGAUAACAAAGUUUUUCGUACAAACAUCACUGAUUUGUUAGAUUGCCUGCCAUGUGAUCCUCUCAUGUUGGAAACUGAAGCGGAUGAAGUACUCAUACCCAGAGCUUCAGGAACAACGGCGGCUGCCAGAGAAAACACCCUCCUUUUCCAAGCAGUGGUUCGAUCUGGUCAGAGCGAUUUGACGAUGAAUGCCUGGUUCAAAAUCAAACCUACACACGAAAUCUGCGGACCUUUCCAUGUCAGACAACCAUUUCGUUUGGGAAUGAGUUCUACCUUUGUUGGUUCUUCCUUGUAUGCAAUAGGCGGUGAAGUGCCCUCUAGCAGGUUAUGUAAGUCUGGUUACAUCAGCUGGCUUGACACCCGCAGUCCUUUCAAUGGGUGGGAGGUCGGUGAAUUACCAUCUCCUUGUGUUGAUCCAGUCAUUUGCGUUUGUGGUGAUUUUUUGUACAUAUUUACUGAACUAGAGGGCUACAUCUGGGAUACCAGAGUCAAUUGCUUUCUUGCCACCAUACUCCUUCCUCGAGUUGUUGGUGGUGGUGAGAGGCAGUGGCGUAGGAUUCGUGCUUGUGCUGCUUUGGAUAGACAAGGGCUUCUAAUUGCUAUGGAUGGAGAGAAGAACAACUUCUUUCUCUAUAAUCCGGAGAACAAUGAUUGGAGGAUUUACAAUGUUAAGGAUCCACUUCCCAAAUUUAGUGGUGAGACUAGCUUUGCAGUAUCCAAUGGGAGACUCUACAUCCUGGAGGUUCAAGUUAAGUUCCCUGUCAUGUUAUACAUCUAUGACAUUAUGGAAGGGAAGCUCGUGAAAGGAAAAAUGCCUAUUCCGAUUUCUUCUAAUGACCUUUUGCGGUUAGGUGAAUAUUACAAGAUAACAGUGUGCCGUUUAGUUCCAGUGGCUAAUGACAAGCUCUUUUUUCUGAGCCUUCUUCGUGUUUUUCCUUCUUUUUCUGAGGGUGAACUUGGAACGACUCUUCUUGAAUAUCGCAAAUUUAAGUUUUCCUUCAAUCAUAAUCCUUCUAAUUCAGAGGUUGAGGUUGAGUCUUGUAUUGAAUAUUCAGGAUAUUGUUCUAUUGCAAACGUCACCAAUUUAUUAGAUUGCCUGCCAUGUGGGCCUGAACAAUUUGAAGUAGAAGGCAAAUCUCCCCCCGACUAUCUGCUGACACAGCUUGCAGAUCCAUUUCAUGAACAGAAAGGGCAGAUUACAGCUGAACCGGAAACAGAGUCAUCCUCUGAAUAUUCUCUUUCAAGAGGAAAAAUGAUUCGAGAAAUCACUGCAGCAGAUGAAGUAGAGAUGCGUCACAUUCUAGUCGCCCCCAGAAAACAUCCUUCCUAUAGAUCUUACUGGAUCUGGGAGAAAGAGAAAGAGAGAGCAAAAGAGAGAAAGAAAAAGAUUACAGCUGAACCUGAAACAGAGCCAAGCUCGGAAGAUUCUCAUUCAGGAGGAGAAAAUAUUCCAGAAAUCCCUGCAGCAGAGACGGAUGAAGAGAAGCGUAAGAGGAAAAUGCUCAAAAAAGCUGUGGCUAAUAAAAACUAUAGGGAGAGAAUCAGGAAAAGAGCAAAGCUAGCUGAUAAACUUGAGUCUGAAAAUGAAGAAUUACGCGAAGAAAUUGCAUCCCAAAAGCUAAUGGUAGUGGAUCUUACAAAAAGAUUGGCCGAGGAGGAGAAGGUAGAUGAUCCUCAAAACAGUUUUCCUAUGUUGUUGGGAGUUACAGAAGCUUUGACCAAAAUGAAGGAGAAGAAAAAGAAGUACAAGAGAAGAGCAGCUGAAGCAGAUAACAUUGAGCUUGAAAAUCUACAGUUACGCCAAGAAAUUGCAUCCCUAAAAGCACGGAUGGAUGAACUUCUAAAGAGACCGGCUGGAUUGGAGGGUGCGGAGGAGGAGCAAUAUGCCGUUGGAGAAAAAGGGAAGGAGCAGUAUAAAGAUACGUCUGCGAAUCCAGUUCCGCCAGAAGCAUCAUCCCGGCCGCAUCAGGGUACAUCUCCUGACAAGGAUUCCAGCGACAGCGAGAUCUACCCCGAGACUGACAGCGAGACCUAAUGGCUUUACUUAUAGAUGACUUUUUACUGUCUAAUUUUAAAUUUAAUAUAAUAAAAAUUGUGAGUAAAAAAUUUAGAUAUUAAAAUCUUAAAAAUAUAUAUAAUAUUAUUAGUUAUCAUCUUUUUCUAAUAAAUCGAAUAAAAGAUU